GCUUGCAAUCAUUUAAGCGGACCACCAGGACGAGAUGGACGGAUAGAAGUGUGGAAGAGAGAGGAGAGCCGGGAGAUGAAGGAGCAGUUGGUGACGAAAGUCCGUCCGGAUGCCUGGAAUUGA